AUGGCAGAAUAUUUAGCAUCAAUAUAUGGUACUGAAAAAGACAAUAGAAAGCAUGUCAAACCAACUUUUUCACAAACAAUUCUUUGUUCAAAUAUUUAUCAAAACCCUGCUCAUGACACUAAUAGUAAUAAUAUGACGGAUGAACAAAUUCAGGCAUAUUUUGAUGAUUUCUAUGAAGAUUUUUUUACUGAACUGUGUAAAUAUGGUGAAGUAGAAGAAAUGCAUGUUUGUGAUAAUGUUGGUGACCAUUUAAUUGGAAAUGUUUAUGCUAGAUUUAGAUAUGAAGAAGAUGCACAAAAAGCUGUUGAUAAUUUGAAUCAAAGAUUUUAUGCUGGUCGACCAAUUUAUGCUGAAUUAUCACCAGUGACAGAUUUUCGUGAAGCAUGUUGUCGUCAAAAUGAAAAUGCUGAAUGUACUAGAGGUGGAUUUUGUAAUUUUAUGCAUCUAAAGGAAGUAUCUCGUUAUUUGAAAAAAGAAUUAUUUGUAGCUCAACAAAGUGUAAUUGCAUGA